AUUAUUUCUAUACUUUUCAAAAAGUUUUUACCAUUAGUUUCCAAUUUCAUGUGACUUCUAUCAUUGUUUCAGAGUUCACAUUCUGAUCAUUUUCAGUACAUUUUGGAAACUGAUGAUAAACUGGUUGAAUUACGCAGUCGACGAUUUAUUAUCAGUUAUUAUUUUUUCCCUCGUGCUGCAAUAUUCUAUACUAUAGUUUAUUUUUUGCUAAAUUAAUUUUUUAAAAACUCUGGAAAAAAUGGGCGGAAAAGCUCAAUUUAUCCGAGAUUUUAUUCUUAAAGGGCCUGUGAGAAGAACUGUACCAAUAGAACCCGUUGAGCCUUCGACAAGUGGUUCAAUUGCAUGGACUAGCUCAGAGUCAGGCUCCGCCCAUUCUUCGCGUGUUUCGUCUUCUCCCAUUACUCCACGUAAAAGUGCUGAAACAGAAGAGACCCUUCCCACCUGCUUAGUAAGAGCACGCGGCUCAAGCUCCGCCCACUCUUGCUCGGCGGCGACAACGAGCCAGCAGAGCAAUCGUCAGAGCAAAGAGCAUCGGAUUGGUGGUAUCAAAAAGGAGGAGAAGCCGAUUGAAAUGGGAGGUGGAUCAAGUGAAAAUGGUGGAGCCAAUGGAUGCUCCAAUGGUGAUAAUCAUCAUGUCCUUUUAAUGGAAAAACAAGAGAAAAUUGAACCAAAAGUGUUCAGGAAACGAUGGGUGAUUUUGGUGAUAUUCAUGUUUUUGUCCGGUUCAAAUGGAGCACAAUGGAUUCAAUAUUCAAUUAUUGCAAACAUUAUUUCAGAUUAUUAUAAAGUUUCGUUUCAAGCAGUUGAUUGGACUUCAAUGAUUUAUAUGCUCACUUAUAUUUUAUUCUUCAUUCCAGCCGCAUGGCUUCUUGACAAGUGGGGACUGCGGUUAUCUGUUCUUCUUGGAGCACUUGGAAACUGUGUUGGAGCAUGGAUCAAGCUCUUAUCGACGCAUCCAGACUCUUUCUGGGUGACAUUUGUUGGCCAGACAAUUGUUGGAGCAUCUCAAAUGUUCACAUUAGGCAUUCCACCUCGAUUGGCUGCUGUAUGGUUUGGACCCGAUGAAGUUUCACGUGCGUGUGCUCUUGGAGUUUUUGGAAAUCAAUUGGGAAUAGCUGUUGGAUUUGUACUUCCACCAUUGAUUGUAUCAAAUGGAAGUGUUGAACAUGUCACUUAUGAUUUGAACACUUUAUUCCUUGGAUCAGCUGUAUUGAAUACGAGUAUUCUGGCGUUGGUUAUUUGUUUCUUUACUGCCCGUCCAGCAGUUCCACCAAGUCUCGCACAAGUCAAUGCGUUGGAAGAAAAAACUUUUGACAACAACUUCUGGGGUACCCUUAGAAAAUUGAUGACUUCGAGAGAUUUCGUGAUCCUUUUUAUUACGUACGGAAUCAACACCGGCGUAUUCUAUGCAAUUUCAACACUUCUCUCACAAAUGGUCUUGAGCGUUUAUCCGAAUGAAACAGAGACCGUUGGUUAUGUUGGUCUCUUGAUUGUAGUUGCUGGAAUGGCUGGAUCCGUUGUUGGAGGUUUCAUUUUGGACAAGUUUAAGAAAUUCAAGCUUACCACAAUCAUGAUCUACUUGUUCUCAUUUGUUGGAAUGUUAUCAUUCACUCUCACAAUUGAUCUGGAUUCUAUGGUUCUUGUAUUCAUUAACGCAGCUCUUUUGGGAUUCUUCAUGACCGGCUAUUUGCCAAUCGGUUUUGAAUUUGCCGCCGAAAUUACGUAUCCAGCAGCUGAAGGUACAACAAGUGGUCUACUGAAUGCAAGUGCACAGAUUUUCGGAAUCGCUCUCACUUGGCUCAUGGGAAUUGUAAUGCACGGUUUUGGAACAUUCACCAGCAAUAUUAUAAUGAGUAGUUGUUUGGUUGUUGGAACUAUUCUUACUUGUUUCAUCCGAGAAGAUCUGAAACGUCAGAAAGCGCAUUCAGUUCAAUGCACCAUACCAACAUCGGAAACCCAAUUGACAAGCUGUACACUUCAGCAAAAUGAGCACUUUUAAUAUUUGUAUUUUGAAACACACAAAAACUUGAAUUUAAAAAAAUAAAAACUCAGCAAAUAGAUGAUCCCCUCAUUCCUUGAAAAUCUCUGAAAUAUAUUGCGCGCUUUAUUUGUUUUUUUUUUCCGAAUUUCUCCUCAAAACUGCGUUUGUUGUGACAUAAUAAUAAUGAAAUAGAGCACAAUGUUCGGUGUUUUUUUCUAUAUUUUUAUUCCUAUUGUUUCUGUUUGAAAACUAGAUUCCCAUCUCAUUUUCUGUGAAAGUAUAAUCCCGUUUGUUUAGUCUUUAGUUGUUUUUCUCACUCAAUGAAUUUUUAUUUUCUUUAAAUUUUAUUUUUUUCCAAAACGAGAUCGAAUGAUUAUAAUAAAAACAACAUUGUAU